AUGGCCAAAGCAGUUGCUGUAUUAAGAGGUGAUUCUAAGGUUAGCGGUGUCGUUAACUUCGAACAAUCGUCAGAGUCUGACCCAACUACUAUUACAUGGGAGAUUUCUGGUAAUGAUGCUAAUGCUUUAAGAGGUUUCCACGUCCACACAUUUGGUGAUAACACCAACGGUUGUACUUCUGCUGGACCUCACUUCAACCCGUUCACAAAGGAACAUGGUGCUCCAGAAGACGAUAACAGACAUGUCGGUGAUUUAGGUAACGUUACAACUGAUACUUCUGGUGUUGCUAAGGGUUCUAAACAAGACUUAUUCGUCAAGUUAAUCGGUCAAAAUUCCAUUUUAGGUAGAACUGUUGUUAUUCACGCCGGUACCGACGAUUUAGGUAAGGGUGGUAAUGCUGAAUCUAAGAAGACCGGUAACGCUGGUGCUAGACCAGCCUGUGGUGUCAUUGGUCUUUCCGAAUAG